AUGUGCCUGUUGCUGCCCGUGCCUGUGCUGCCCGUGCCUGUGCUGCCUGUGCCUGUUGCUGCCCGUGCCUGUGCUGCCCUGUGCUCCCUGUGCCUGUUGCUGCCUGUGCCUGUGCUGCCCGUGUCUGUGCUGCCCGUGCCUGUGCUGCCCGUGCCUGUGCUGCCUGUGCCUGUUGCUGCCCGUGUUUGUGCUGCCCUGUGCUGCCUGUGCCUGUUGCUGCCUGUGCCUGUGCUGCCCGUGCCUGUGCUGCCCGUGCCUGUGCUGCCCGUGCCUGUGCUGCCUGUGCCUGUUGCUGCCCGUGCCUGUGCUGCCCUGUGCUGCCUGUGCCUGUUGCUGCCUGUGCCUGUGCUGCCUGUGCCUGUGCUGCCCGUGCCUGUGCUGCCCGUGCCUGUGCUGCCUGUGCCUGUUGCUGCCCGUGCCUGUGCUGCCCUGUGCUGCCUGUGCCUGUUGCUUCCUGUGCCUGUGCUGCCCGUGCCUGUGCUGCCCGUGCCUGUACUGCCCGUGCCUGUGCUGCCUGUGCCUGUUGCUGCCCGUGCCUGUGCUGCCCUGUGCUGCCCGUGCCUGUGCUGCCCUGUGCUGCAUGUGCCUGGUGCUGCUCGUGCCUCGUGCUCGUGCCCUCGUGCGCUCUGCUACAGUCUGCGCCCUCGUGCGCACUGUUUCUCCUCUCUCCCCCCCCCCCCGUUUGCGGCGGUGUAG